AUGAAUCGACAACAGGCGGCGGAAAUGGCCUUGCAUGACCAGAUGAACAUCCUACCAAUCGUACAGUUGCUGGUAGUCUUCUCUGGUCUUGCUGUAUCUCUCCUCAUCACGUUUGUGGAUCAAAAUGGCAUCAGCGUUACUCUUCCGACAAUUGCCAAAGACCUCAAUGCGGAAAAUACCAUUUCCUGGGCGGGUACCUCGUCGCUGAUCGCAAACACAAUGUUCAGUGUGCUUUACGGACGUCUCUCUGAUAUCUUUGGUCGGAAGGUUGUUUACUUAUCAGCACUCGCCCUGCUGUGCAUCGCUGAUUUGCUCUGUGGCCUCUCGCAAAAUGCAGCAAUGUUUUACGUCUUUCGAGGCCUUGCCGGUAUUGCAGGAGGUGGCGUCGGUUCGCUGACUAUGAUUAUCGUAUCUGAUAUUGUGACCCUUGAAAACCGCGGAAAGUAUCAAGGGAUCCUAGGAGCAUCGCUGGGACUGGGUAAUGUGAUCGGCCCGUUUAUUGCGGGAGCUUUCAUCAUGAAUUCCACCUGGCGAGGGUUCUUUUGGCUCAUAUCUCCGCUCGCAGCAUGCUCCAUGGUCGUUGGCUUUUUUCUGAUCCCGAAUAACGCCUGUAAGGGUGGCGUGCGGGAGAACCUGAGCAAGAUCAACUUCUACGGCAUCAUUGCCUCAUCCAUUGGGAUCAUCUUUUUGCUUAUACCCAUAUCAGGUGGUGGCUCCUACUUCCAGUGGAAUUCUGCAAUGGUGAUCAGUAUGCUUGUUAUUGGAGCAUGCUCAUUGGUUGCGUUCGUCUUCAUCGAGUGGAAAGUGGCCUCCCUGCCGAUGCUUCCAGUGGUAUUCUUCAAGAACAAAGUUUUAUGUGCUUUAUUCUUACAGAGCUUUCUCCUUGGCGCUGUGUAUCAAUCGUACCUCUAUUAUCUGCCACUGUACUAUCAAAACGCACGAGGGUGGUCUCCCAUAGUUUCUGCCGCUAUGACUGCUCCCAUGGUCGGUUGCCAGGCUCUUGCUUCCAUUGCAUCCGGGCAAUAUAUUUCUCGAACUAAACGGUACGGAGAGGUGAUAUGGGCUGGUUUCGGCCUGUGGACUCUCCACACGCAUCGCGCAGUGAUCGUUGUCAUUGUCGCUAUUACCGGUAUCGGUAUCGGAUGGACUUUUCAGCCAACCCUGAUCGCUUUUCAAGCUCAUUGUACCAAGUCUCAUCGAGCGGUAGUAAUCUCAAAUCGAAAUUUCUUCCGUUGCCUCGGAGGUGCUUGUGGACUGGCCGUCUCCGCUGCUAUCUUGCAAGCAACACUCCGAUCAAACCUACCGAAUGGAUACCAGUACCUGGCUCACUCGACGUACUCUCUUCCCCCGCAGUCGGACAUAUCCGCUUCGGACUGGUCUCAAAUACUCGAUGCGUAUGCAAAAGCCUCAAGGGGCGUCUUCAUUUUACAAGUGCCUCUGAUGGGGUUGUGUUUCGCAGCCUGUCUCUUCAUCCGCGAUCGAGGUCUCGAACGGCCAAAGGAACCAGGGGAGGAGGAGGAAGAACGGAACACUGCACAACAGAAGUCAGAUGAAGAAGCACCUUCGAGUGAGCCUCCUGAGAAGUUCGACAAGGGCCAUAAUCAUGAAGCGGACGGCAGGAAGAGUUGA